AUGUCGGACGACGAUCAGGACGAUAUCCCUGCCCGCUACAACGAUGGCAACCGCGCCUUCCUCCAAGCCUUCAUGGCCCGAGGCACCAUGACAUUCAAGGAAUCGCAGCCCAUCCUAGCCGCCAUCUUCACAGCCCAGGAGAACGAGCAGACCGAGCCCAACCAAGUCACCCAGGAGCAAUUCGCCUCAUACGUGUCCGCGGCGUCUGCCGCAAUCUCACCCUUCGACCUGGAGAUCCGCAGUACGCUGCACCAAACGAAAAAGGUGCGAGUGUACGCCCUCGUCAACACCACCUCAGAUCUCAUGACCCAACUCGCAACGCUACACAAUGCCGACGAGAUCGCCUUCAUCAAGCGCGUCAUCGACGCCAUGUUCGAGAAGUACAACACUCCGCGCCAGGAGGUCAUGGGCGUCGACGGGAUGCAGGCCAUCAAGCUUCGCACGGCGCCGCGGCAGGUCAACGAAGACGAGGACAUGGAGAACGGCGAGAGCCAGCCCGCCACGCAGUCCCUCAAGGGUCUCAAGGCCACCGAGGUGGAGACGGUGAUGGCCAGCAUGGUCGACGAGGGCUGGUUCGAGCGCACCGGCGAGGGGCUCUACAGCCUCAGCCCACGCGCGCUGAUGGAGCUGCGGUCGUGGCUCGUCGAGUCGUACAACGACCCCGACGCCGAGGAGGGCGAGUGGCAGCGCGUCAAGUUCUGUGAGGCCUGUAAGGAGAUCGUCACGGUCGGACAGCGCUGCCCGGAGCGGGACUGCAACGCCCGGCUUCACGACAUAUGCGAGGACGCCUUCUGGAGAACGCGGAGACAGCGGAAGUGUCCCAGGUGCGAGAAGGAGUGGACGGGAACGCACUUCGUGGGUGCCAGAGCCGUCACCGAGACUGAGGCGUACCAACGGGGUAGGAGAAAAAGUGGCAAGGGAGGACGGAGCAGCAAUCUGGUCGAGCAUAUCAUGCAUGAUGGCGAAGAAGACGAGGACGACGAGGAUUGA